AUGUCCAAUCGCGGUCCCUGCAGAUUCUACGGCAAACCUGGCGGCUGCUCUCGCGGCUCAGAUUGUCAUUUCCAGCACGUUGAUGGAGGAUCUAGCGAAAGCAAUAUAUCCAGCGGCUCCUCUCGCGGUCGUGGCGCACCACGCGGGGGGGCGCCUCGUCCUGCCAUCCCUCGUGCACCGCACGGUGUAUGUGACUUCUACUACUCCAGAGGGUUCUGUAACAGGGGCUCGGACUGUCGCUUUCGACAUGAGAGUCCAAGUCAAGGAACAAUUCAACCCUCAAGCACACCUGCUGUCGACGUCUCCUCCUUACUAACUCCAGCCGCCCUUGCUCGGAUCCAAGGCCCUGGCACUGACGGAUUCUUCAUCUCCUCAACCAAGGAGAUGAAGCCUUCGGAGGUCGACUAUCAUCUCCGCCGUUUCCUCGAGGAUAGCUUUAGGUUCAAGCUCGCAGCGGACGCGUAUGGAUUUGUCGCCCUGAUGAACAAUGCAAGCUCCGGGAAUAGUUCUUGGUCCCCCGAAGACGGUCAAUUGUUCUUGUCUCGUGUCGGAACGGGCAAUGGUCUGCUUAGGAUCGGAGACAUCUUGGGCUGGACUCAUGGUGUAGCCAUCCGUCCCAGAGAUCGGACGUCUCUCUCAUUCGGACGAGGAUAUAUCCCCCUGCUGCGCUACCUGUCCUCGGAGUACGUUGUUAAAAGCAUCACAAGCAAGACGGUGAAUUCCCUCUAUUCCCUCAUCAUGGAGCACUUCGAUCGGUUCUCGGAGAUCGUGAAGUCGUGCAUGGAAGACGCAUUCACUAUCUACAAGUCGUUCAAGGAGCCUGGACAAGCGGAUGUAAUGGGAAGCUCCGUACUGUCGUCUAUUGCGCAAGUUCUCUUUGAGUACAUAACACGUUACAAAAACGCUGUAGCAACCCAUCCAUCCUUGCGUGACUUCGUGACAAGUCUCCACGGCUGGACAGAGGCUUGGAUCGAAGGCAUCUCAGCAGACCCUCCUACCUUCGACGAUCCGAUUGCGAAAGCUCCUCAGCUAGCUCGUCACUUCGUCAUUGAGCGCCUCCGCGGGCUCGUUGACCGUCUAGUAGCCAUCGUGGACCGAAAGCACAGGGACAAUGAGCGUGGCAAGCAACCACUUCGCAAUCCGAUUGUCGCGAUGAGCGCUUCCAACGAGGGUAUUCUGGCGGCCUUGCACAAUGCAUACGAGGGACCUGGAAUCCUCCGCCCCGGUGGUCCACGCCAUAACAACGAUUUCGUCAACAUCGCUGAUAUCCAGAUUGCUCCUACGCACGAGGAACUCACGUCUCUGCUACAGCCCUUCCUCCCCGCGAACCUCUAUGGGGCUCCGCACCCUCUCCCGUCCGAGUCGAUGGAGCAACUGCUCGAUGUUCAAUUCAGGUUGCUGCGCGAGGAGCUUACAGCUUCUCUGCGCACUUCGGCGCAAGCAAUCCUUUCCGAUCUCAAGCAGGAAAGCGGGCGGACUCAGCUGGACGACAUCCUCAAGAAGCGUGGCGGGAAGUAUCGUGGACACGCCGUCGGCCAAGAUACGGUGCUCUUCAACGUCUAUACUAACGCCGAAUUCCUCACCAUCGCACCUACCCAGCGCGGGCUGACUGUAGGCAUCUCCAUCGACGCCCCUCCCGGUCGCGCUCGUGCGUCUCAGGCUGGCUCCCGUGCGCACUUUUGGGAGAGCAUGAGCAGCAAGCGACUCAUGCAAGGCGGUCUUGUUGCCCUCAUCUGGCAGCGCGGGGAGACGAUCGAGGUCCACCUCGGCACCGUCGCCAGCUCGCUCAAGGACCUCACAGAGUCCGCGAAGCAGAGCGCGGACCGCGUCGGCAUCCGACUCUCCUUCUUCUCCCCUGAGGUCGAGCUGCGGAUCCUCCAGGAGCUGCGACUUCCCGCCAAGGAGCGGCGCUCGACUAUGCUGCUCGUCGAGGCGACCGUCAUGUUCGAGUCCGUCCGCCCUUUCCUGGAGGCGUUGCGCGUCGAGCCCGAGAGUGUCCCGUUCGGACGGUAUCUCGUCCACCGCCCUCCUAAGUUCUUCGAGACCUUCACUAUCUCUCCUCCUGCGUACGCCACCCUGCCAGGCUAUUCUUUCCAGCUCGCUUCACUCUUCCCCUCUGAAUCCGGGGUGGAAGACCUCAAGCUCAUCGUCAACGACCCCACCUCCAUAGAGACUGCACGAGACGUCUUAAAGCGGAGCAGUCGGCUCGAUCCCAGCCAGGCAGAUGCAAUGGUUGACACGUUGACGAGAGAGGUUAGCCUGAUCCAAGGGCCGCCGGGGACUGGAAAGAGCUACACUGGCGUCGAGCUCCUGCGAGUCCUAAUCAAGAAUCACGCUGGACCCAUCCUCAUGAUCGCCUUCACGAACCAUGCUCUCGACCACAUGCUCCGGUCUGUCCUCGAUGCUGAUAUAACCAAGCAAAUUGUUCGGCUGGGGUCACGUUCCGCAGACGAGCGCAUCGCCGAGUUCUCCCUCGAGCACCAGGAGAACAUUGCGGGCAGAACCCGUCUCUCUUCGGCCUUCUACACAUAUCGUCGCGCCCUUCGUGAUGUCGAGGAUGAGAUCAAAGAGUUCAUGAAGGAUUUCUUCAAGACGGAAGUCGGCACCGAGAAAAUUCUCUCCCAUCUGUGUUUCCAGUGCCCGGGUUUAGUCGACUCCUUCGAGCUACCGCCGCCAUGGAUCGCAGCGAUUCACAGCUUGACUGCAGCGGAGCAGGAGGAGUGGAAUGUCGCCGGCCGGAACGGCAAGGACGUCAGGGAAGUCGACAACUCGCUGUAUGGAUUCUGGUUGCGUGGAGGGGACAUCAAAUUCCUACACGACACGCACUACGCGAUGCGUUACCGACAGGAAACCACGUCUCAAUUGACUGCUCAAAAGCGUCCGGCCAAUCGGUAUGAGCUUCUACAGCCCGAACAGCCAGAAGUCGAUCAAGUUCAGGAGCCACAAAUGCAAUCUACCCCUAUCACCACCGAGAAUGUUGCAGUGACCGACCGCAACGUGGACGCUGACAGUGACGCUGAGAGCGAUUUUGCCAUGUCAGACGCAUCUGCAGAAGAGGAAUGGCUUAAUGACGCCGUCCUCCCAGAUCUCGAUGAGCUCAUGACCAUGGAGGAGGAAGAACAUCCACGUUCGCCCCAGCUGAUACCUGUAGCAGCGGAUUCAUCCGGGUCUUCGCCUACAUCCAACGUUCCGCCCCAACCCCACGCCAUGCCCCAAAUCCACACCAUGCCCCAACCCCACGCCAUACCAGAACCACAUCCCGAUGUGCGAUCGGAGGCUAUUCGCCCAGACGACUUCACAGACAUUCGCGAGUUCUUUGCUGCAUAUGGAUGCCCGGACAUCCCACCCGUGCCCGCGUCCACUCGGCCAAUCCCCGAGCUUCUCGAAGCGGAUAACGUUUGGCUCAUGUCCUCAGUUGAGCGGCAGCAGCUCCAUGCGAUGUGGUCAGACGAAGUGCGGAUUGCGAGUCAAGAUACUCAGACCCAGGAAUUCCGAAGGCUCCGAGAGAAGCACGAGCGAGCGGCGCAAGAGUUCUCCGAGGGUCAGGCCGAAAUCCGCAAGCAGCUGCUGAGGAACGUCGACAUCAUUGGUUGCACUACGACUGGUGCGGCGAAGUUGACGGCUCUCCUCAAAGGCAUCGGCCCUAAGGUUCUGCUGGUCGAGGAGGCGGGACAAGUACUUGAGGCACACGUUCUGGGAAGCUUGGUGCCCAGUGUCCAGCACAUGAUCCUCAUCGGAGAUCCUCUUCAGCUCCGCCCAACCCUCAACAAUUAUACGCUUUCUAUGGAUCAUCAUCAUGGAAAGCUCGUCUACAAGCUCGACAUGUCUCUGAUGGAACGCCUGUCAUCCUCUGGACUUCCUAUGUCUCAAAUCAACGUCCAACGACGUAUGCGACCUGAAAUUGCAGACCUUGUCAGGAUGACCUUGUAUCCCAAACUCGAGGAUCACGAGCUAGUGAAGAACUACCCGCACGUGCAAGGCAUGGCCAAGGACGUCUUCUUCUUCACUCACGACCACAAGGAGAAUGGCGGAGAGGACGACUUUGUCAGCAAGUACAAUCAGUUUGAGGUCGAUAUGAUCAAGGAUCUUGUCCUCUACCUCCUCCGGCAAGGGCCAUACUCGGCUGAAGGAGACAUCGUUGUUCUCUGUGCCUACCUAGGACAGCUGUCGCGGUUGCGGGACGCUCUAUCGAACGAGGUCGCUGUCGUGCUCGACGAGCGUGAUCAAGCAGAGCUCGAUGAUCGGAAUGCAGAAGCCGAGGACGUCAGUCAAUCCACGAGCGCGUUUGAGCGCGUGAAGGUGUCACACAGGGUUCUGCUCCGCACCAUCGACAAUUUCCAGGGCGAAGAGGCGAAGAUCGUAAUACUAUCUCUUGUCCGGAACUCGGGCGGUUCGGAAGAAGAUGAGGUCUAUGGGCACCAGCCAAAAGGACGCGCAAACAUCGGAUUCCUGCGAUCCGAGAACAGGACGAACGUUGCUCUUUCUCGCGCUCGUGAAGGGAUGUACAUCAUGGGGAACGCAACGAACCUUUCGGCGAGGAGUAAGAUGUGGCGUGAGGUCAUUGAGGAGCUAGGCCGACGCGACUGCCUGGGUACUGCUUUCCCAAUCGCUUGUCAACGGCACCCGCAUACCGUUGAGUCCAUAUCGAAGCCAGGACAGCUGCCCCGUAUCGCACCAGAUGGUGGAUGUCUUCUUCAAUGUGACACACGUCUCAAAUGCGGUCACCUUUGCCCCUACAAGUGUCAUUCUGAUGAUCCGAGACACGUAUCCGUAUCGUGUGUCCAACGAUGCACUCGCAUCUGUCCGCGUCAACAUCCCUGUACGAAGCAAUGCGCAGAGCCCUGCGGAGAGUGUCGGGCGGAAAUCACGAACGUGCAACUACCUUGUGGUCACACAAUUCCUCGGGUGUUUUGCUUCGAAUACGACAGCCUCGAGAAUGUAUUCUGCCCUGAGCUUGUCACGAAGAAGCUCCCCGGAUGCGAGCACGAAGCGACGAUGCGAUGCUCCGACAAUCCCCGCCGAUACCCAUGUCGAGCAAAAUGUGGUGGGAUCAUGUCGUGUUGCGGACGUCCAUGCAAGGCGAAUUGUCACGAAUGCCAGUUCCUUAACACUGCUCCUGAACCCCGAGACGACAAGGAGGACGAAGUCGCGGAGGAGCUGCUCCCUGUCGAGAGGCUUACUCAUGUCGGUCAUCCGUGCGAGAGGAGCCUCUUCUGCGGUCAUCUUUGCGGCAAACAAUGCUCCUCUGAUCAUGAAUGUACGACGGAAUGCAAAGAGGCUUGCCGGCAGGUGUGCGCCCAUGCACGUUGCAGGAACUACUGCUCUGUCCCUUGUGCGCCAUGCCAGGAGCCGUGCACUUGGCGCUGCGCCCACUUCUCAUGCCCUCUUCCUUGUGGUGCUAUUUGUGCUCGCCUCCCAUGUGACAAGCGAUGCGACCAGCUCCUUGACUGUGGUCAUCGUUGUCCGUCUGUCUGCGGAGAAGAUUGCUCUAUCCAAGUCUGCCCGCUCUGCGCCGGGGACGAAGUCAAGUCGAACGUCGUCGAUCUCGUCAUGCAAACCACCAUGGCCGACUUGGACUACGAAAGCGAGAGCCUAGACAAUUUGCUCAUCACGAUUCCCAACUGCGGACACGUCUUCACGGUGGAAACACUGGACGGCCACUGCGAGCUCACCGAGUACUACCAACGUGACGGUCCUGACGGGAAGUGGAUCGGACUGGAGGCGCCGCCACCUGGCUUCAAGAAGCCGCCUACGUGUCCUACUUGCCGCGGGGCGAUCACCGCUCCUCGCUAUGGCCGCGCUUUCAAGCGAGCUGACCUUGACAUACUCGAGAACAACGUCGCGUUCCACAUGUCCAAGUCGCUGAGGGCGGUGCAGGCCAAGCUGGCUGCCAUCUCGACGCCGCAGUUGGAAACCAAGUCGAAGGCAGUUGCUUCGGAGCUGACCUUCGCCCCUUUGAAAGUCUCCACGAAGGUGUUGAAGGCGUUGCAACGCGAACAAGGCGCUCGGAUCAAAAGUAUUCGCUCAGUUCCCUUCACGCUUCCGGAGAUCGACCCACUCAAUGCUGCUCUCCACGGUCUGCCUUCGGACGAGGCGAGGGCCUGGAAGAAGGUCGUCUUAGGACUAUUUACGGCGUACAAGGACACCAUCACUGCGUCCCAGACUCGCUCCGCACAUUCCCAUGCUUGGGAAGCAUCCUUCGCGUACUUGUACCAAAAGGAAAUGGACGACAUCGUCGCGAAUCCCAUCGCAGCUCCGCGGAACCCACAAGAGUACGCCAUACGCGCCGCUAGGAUGAAAGUCGGGCAGCCGCCGCCGCGAGCGGACAAGCGCUUCCUCGUAGAGGCGUUCUGGGCAACGAUCAAUAUCCGCCUGACCAUCGCAAGCCUCGCGCGGACCUGGCUCGAAGCCCUCACAAAGCGCCAGAAGUACCCUCCCGAGAACCGACGUGUCUGGGCGACCUACGUCCACUUCCUCCUUCGCUCCUGCGCUGCCGACGCGGAGCUAGCGCUGCGCAUCACCCAGGAGUCGGAGAGCAACCGUCAGGAGGCAAAGACCGCGCUGCUGAUCAUGCGCGUUGAGCUGGAGCAGUUCCGCUUCAACGUCCGCAUGAUGGAACAGAAUGGGAAGAUGUCUCCGGAGAAUCGUACCAAGAUGGCGGACAGCGCUCUCGAGAAGAUCUCCAAUGCACACGACCGGGUGUCCGACCUUCGCAGGCGCUCAGCUGCACGAAAGCGGAGGCCCGAGGAGACGGACUGGAUGCAGGCGGAGUUCGUUGCUCCAGCGCAGACGAUUCUGGAUGACUGGAGGGCAUUUGAGAGGUCGCUACGCGAUGCGACGUUCUAUCAGCCUGUGUCUCUAGACGAACUGACGCAAGUUGUCCAGAGUCUAGGCUUCACGCACGUUGGACACUUCUACAAAUGCCCGAAUGGUCACGUAUUCGUCAUCGGUGAAUGCGGCGGCGCAAUGCAGCAAUCAUUCUGUAAUGAGUGCGGAGAGGCCAUUGGGGGUUCGCACCACAAUUUGCUUGCGACCAACCAGCCGGUUAGGGAGCUGGAGGAGAUCGCUCGUGAACAUGGUGCUCGGCCAAGCCCUUGGAAUUGGGCAAUCCGCGUGUAGGUCUCGAACGGUUGGACAAUAGUAUCCUGAACAUGAACUGUGCGACAUAUGACGCUCUCGAAUGUGGACGGUCUUUCUCUCUCCAUCCUGUACUAGUAUCUUUUUUCUACUCGGAGAAGGCAUACGUAUGAUUCGAUGGGUUCUCAUGUACUCUAUAUUGUUUCUGAGAGACCGCAACGAAUACAUCUUUGUGCCCG